UUCCCCUCAUUGUCUCCCUGGAGAGGAGGAAGUGGGAUGGGGCCCAGGGGGAGCCUGCAGGCACUUCAACAGUUCCACACGGUGCCGGGGUAGAUAAAUAAACACGGGACAGCGCAAGUACAAAAGGCGGCACUGGCCUUGGGUCCAUCCCAGUUCUCAUCCUCUCCCUGACUUCUUGAUUCCAGUGCAAAAGACCAGUAGCUCUUCUCCCUGAGGCCUAACCUGUGACUUCCUCCUCCUGGGGAAGGCAGAAAGACUUGUCUUCUGGCCUCUAAUCUAAGACUUCCCUUUUCAAGCAAUGGAAGCGUUCAGAAUUUCAACAAGAACCAACCAGUGACCCUACAGUGUCUGUCCUCGCUGAAAUCUCAAAGAAAAGUGGUCCGAGUCAUUUGUGCCCAGGCUUCCUGGAAGUGAUGUCUUCUCAGCGUGAGUCGAGCAGCCAGGACAGACUCUUCUCCCCAGCUCCUCUUGGCUUUAGAGGAGAGACUGCUGGUGACAAAAGGAACCUACUGGAAAUAAGUGGAGGAUCACCCACAAUCUCCCAGCUGCCUCCACCUACAGAUAAGGAGGAAAGGGUCCUUGGUGACAAGCCUGGGAGGAAAGAAUGUCCCCUGUUGCACUGGAUUGCACUGAGGGCAGUGGAUGCCCCUGACAGCUCUGGAUUAGACAGGACAGUUUUCCUUUAUGUUGCAGCCUCCUGCCUUGCAGUCUUAAUUCAAGGGGUUGGAGUUGACUUUGAACCUGAGGGCCUAAGUGCCCGGCACUGCGAGGGUAUGGCAGGGACUCCAUUCUUGAUCCUGGCCUUGAGGUUCUCACAGUCUGAGCUUGCUGGAGUGCAACGGCACGAUCUCGGCUCACUGCAACCUCUGCCUCCCAGGAAAUUGUGACGUGUGUUCUGGGCAGGGUUUGAGGUUUUGGAACCUUUUCUAAAAGGGACAGAGAGCACCCUGCUACAUUUCCUAAUCAAGAAGUUGGCGUGCAGCCGAGAGAGCUGGAGUGAGUUGGUCAUGAU